AUGACGGCAAACACAAACCGCUACUCGACCUACACGGCCGCCUCGGCCGCCUCGGACUCCAAGAAUGGUGACAAGGGAGAGAAGAAGGACCUAUGGAAUUCAAUGCUCUCCUCCGUCGCCAGCGGGCGCCGGCUGCCGGAAAAGAACAUCAUUCUGCUGGGCGGUACUGUUGAUUCACAGCGCGAGUUCUUCGAGGCUCUCUCCAGCAACGAUCGCCGCACCCUCGACCGAAGCAGCUCACGUUCCCCUCCCGUCGCGAACAGCUUCGCUCUAGGCUAUACCUACUACGACGUGCUAGAUGCCGAUCAUGAAGACACAUUGGCGCGCAUCUCCAUUUACACUCUCACAGAUCCCUCGCCCGCCUUUGCAUCACUCCUCCAGCCGAUCCUUACUCCCGACUCAAUACCUAAUACUCUGAUCGUGAUUCUGCUGGAUUGGUCGCAGCCAUGGAAGUGGAUGCGCCAGUUGCGGGAAUGGAUCCUGCUGUUGCGGACGGUCUUGGUGUCAUUAUCGCACGAGUGCAAGGCGACUAUGGAGGAGGUGAUGCUUUCAUGGAGGGAUCGGGGCCGUGGGGGGGGUAUCAAUCUCGAUGGCAGCAUGACUGCUCCCACAGCAGAUGCCGAGCCUGCCCUGCCAUUGGGACCUGGUGAAUGGGAGGAUGGCUUGGGGUUGCCGCUGUGUGUUGUCUGCCAGAACGCCGAGAAGAUGGAGUAUUUAGAGAAGACACAAGGUUGGAAGGAAGAAGAGUUUGAUGUUGUCCUACAGUUUAUGCGGACAGUGCUUUUGAAGCACGGCGCUUCAUUGAUUUACACAACCCCUUCCGUGCCCUCACAACUUCCUAGCCUUAUCCAUUCCAGCCUAGGGAUACAUUCACUCCUCAAGAAGCAACCACUCAAACACAAUGUUAUUGAGAGGGAUAAGAUUGUGGUUCCCCCGAACUGGGACUCCUGGGGCAAGAUUCGUGUGCUUAGGGAAGGCUUCGACGUCGAGCGCGUGAGCAAUGGUUGGUCGGUUGAUCUCGACCAACCAUACCCACUCAUCCGUUCUAUUAAUGGCACUGCUGCCAAUGGCGAAGACGGGCAAAUUAACGGUGAGGACGGGAGUACCCUUGUUGAGGAGGCCCUGCCCGAUCCCGAAGGCUCAACCGUCGUCCUUUACGAGGAAGCCGUUCAAGACCCAACUAUGGACGCGCUGCAACUAGCCGGGCGCAACACGCAUUCGACGCAUCUUGAGGUCGAGACGAUCGACACGCAAGCCUUCCUGGCGCAGCAGCUCAAGGUCUUGGAGGCCCUGCGGCAGAAGGAGGAAGAAUCGUCGCGCGAGUCGGCCCGGCGCAAGGCCCAUAAGAAGGUUGACGAUGAUCGGCAUCUCGUCGGCGGCAUCGGUGAUGAUACCGGGCGUCGGCCGACCGUAGAAGGGAAGGUCUUGGAGCAUAUUGGGCCGGUACAGUUCAAUAUGGGCGGAAUUCAGGUUGAUGCGGAUGAUAUGGUGCAGAGGCUGAAGGAGCGGCAAGCGUAUGGUUCGCCAUCAGAACCAGAUAGCCCGACAGAGAGCACCGUGGAGGCGACACCGCACAUGGACACGGAGAACUUGCAGGCCUUCUUCCAUGGGCUGAUGAACAGGCGCGGUGCCGCGGCCAAGUAA